AUGGAUGGCAGACCUUCUAACCAAUCGGUCUCAUCUGGAACCAAAGGUAUGGUGUUGGAAAUGAGAACGUUACAGAAGCCAAGGCAGAGUGGCCUUCAGAUCAUUUUCAACAAUCCGAUCCUGUUGUCGUCGCUCGUCCAGAACUUUGAUAGGAAAGACUAUCACUGGCUUGCAGAACUUGCAGCUACCAUUCCUGGUAUCGAACCAUGGCCCAAGUGGGAGCCAUUGAGUCAACCUUUGCCUUUUGGCACCUUAGCAUUCAGCGUCAAGGACUUGCGAGUUAGAUGCCAGAAUUCGCUACCAGAAAUGCCACGACUUAUGGCGGUAAAAUCAUCUCAUGCCGUACACAGUGAGGGCGGAUGCAAAGAACUCGAAGGUGCAAUGAGCUGGAAAGGAUGUGGCUUGACGGAGCGAGAUCAAGGACUACCACCGAAAUCUAACAUACACCGUGAAGGGCCUUUGGAAUUCUUCGAAUGUAUUGGCCACAGGCUGAAAAUCCGAGACCUCCCCCUGUCUGAUAUUGAGGAAUGCCUGAUCCAGCUGCAGCUUGUGAUGGAGAUAUCUUCGCUUUCGACCAACUCGAUACGAGCUGCAGUACGGCUGCUACAGAAUGACGGACCACAGCCAGUAUUGGUGGAUUUGCACGGGUUACACGGUUCUGAGUUUAUGGUCUGCUCGAAAUGCGCUCUCGAUGUCUACCUCUCACUGAGCGUUUGUAUAUGGGAUCAUGCUCGAAUCGUUCCACUCUGUCGAGAGUGCUCCGAGAAUCCCUCCCGAGAGCUCUAUAAAUUCGAGGCGCAGGGCAUGCCAUCCAUUGCAGAAAAUAUACGAGGCUUGAGGAAUAUCGAUAAAUAUCUCGAAUGUGACUGUCACGAGGUUCUAUCGCCCGGCAAUGGUUAUCACCUCUGCACAUUCUGUGCCGCCAUGUUCCAUGUGCUAAUUUACCUGCAGCACCGGCUAAACAAAGCCUCGGGCAUCUAUCCGGACAGUGUACCUUACCAAGUUCUAGAGAUGGGCAACACCAAGAGCGGAUAUGGUCGCAACUAUUGCCCCUGUGGAAAGGACUGGCAUCAGCUUGUUGACAGCUGGUGUGGUAUUUCUCAGGAAGAACGGGACAACAGAAUGUACCGUCUCUGCACGUUGUGUACGGGGCACAUUCCACGUGGGAAAAUGAUGAAUCCACAAUCGACCAAUUGUCUCUGA